AUGCACCCCUCCACCCUGACUGGCAAACACAACGCCGAACGCUCAGCGCUCUACCACGCCCUCUCCGACCACGCCACCAAUUCCUUUGAUUCCAGCACCAUCACCUGGAAACUCCCCUCCACCGACGCCCUGGUAGGCACCUACGGCAUCCUCCUCCACACCCCUCACAUCGGCCGCGCAUACCUAGACUUCUGCUCCGCCCUCUCCGCCCUCCCCGGCCUCACGCCGCGCACCCGCGAAAUCAUCUCCCUCGUCGUCGCAGCCUACGACAACUGCGCGUUCCAGAUUUACGUCCACGGCCGACUCGCGCAGGCGCAAGGCUUGACGCGGAAUGAACUGGACUCCCUGAGGGCAGGCCUGUAUGCGCAGAGCUUUUCGGAGGAGGAUAAGGCGGCGUAUCGUGUGGCGAGGGAACUUUGUGCGGGGUCUGGACCGUUGCCGGAGAGGGUGUGGAGGGAGAGUGUGGGUGUUUUGGGGAGGGAGGGGGUGCUUGCUGCCGUGCACUUAACCGCAUUUGAGAGAUAUGUUGCUACUAUAUUGAGGGGGUUUGAUGCGCAGGUUCCGGCGCCGGGGGAGCGGGUUGAGAAUGGGUUUGCUUAG